AUGUCUUUCUACCGUUCUCGGAGAAUUCUCGAUUUUGAUUACAGUUUGAACGGGCAACCAAUCGAACGCGUAAACCAAGUAAAAGACCUCGGAUUUAUUUAUGUUCCAUCACUAGAUUUUCGUCCACACAUUGAUUCUGUUGCUGGUAAAGCACUACGCAUUCUCGGUUUUAUUAGAAGACAUUUUUCAAACUUUGAUAACCCAAAAUGCCUUUCUGUACUCUACAACUCCCAUAUAAGAUCACUCUUGGAGUACGGAGUUGUCGUCUGGUCUCUUUACACAAAGAGUAACACGCAGAGACUUGAUAGAGUCCAAAACCGAUUCCUAAGUUUCGCAGGGCACAGCCUCAAUGUUACACAUCCUCCUCAUGAUUAUAGUAAAAUUAAGGAUUUGUUUAAAUUCAAGUCACUUUCUGAACGUUGUUUUAUUCAAUCAUUGAUUGAUGGUAAGAUCGACGCACCUCGUUUAUUGGAAAGACUGCAGAGCAUUCGCAUACCUGUUAAUACCCGUAAUAAAGAUUUCUUUUAUAUACGUUUAGGCCGAAGCAAUUUUACAAAAAAUGCACCCCUAACAAGAAUGAUGUCCAUAUUUAAUAAAAACUAA